AUGGCGGCGUUCUUCCAGGAGCUGUUCUCCAGCAUCUUCACCCCCGGAGCAACGCCAACCCUCUUACUCGCUACAAACGCUACCUUCGCCGCUCUCCAGGUCGUCUUCUUUGCUCUCCUCGUAGCAACUUACAGCGUACACUUCCUCGUUCUCUCCUGCAUCAGCGGCGCACUAUGGUACUCGAUAAAUUGGUUUGCCGAGGAGGUAAAGGCAGAGAGUGAGCGGCAGAGGAAGCUCACAGAGAGCAAGGAGAAGAAUAAUAAUACAGGAUCAUCGACUGAUCUUAGCAGUCUACGUGAGAAGGAGGCGUCUCCUGUCGCUCGCCUGGCGGGGGCGACGUCCGAUUCAGCCGAAAGUGGAACUGAGACGGAGAGCAUACGCGCCGGCCAUGUUGGCACCCCAAAGAUAUCAAGUGCCUCUCCACUAAGUGGCGGUGGUACUGUUAGGAGGCCUAUGCCAUCCGCGUCGGGAGCACAGGUGACUCUGACGCCAGAGAGUAGCACGGACGAACUCACGCUGCGGAAGCCGUCCGGGGAUAGCUCAGGAUACAUCAGCACUGAUAGCGAAUGGGAAAAGGUCGACGAUAAGGAUCGAUAUUUGUCAGGUUAUUCUACUGGAAUAUACACAUUCUUGAUUUCAGCAGACCAGGCCAUGUUCCAGCACGUCCCAUCGUCCAUUGGCCACAAACGUGUUUUCGACUCCGUCUUCCCUCCGUCCUUGCUCAGCGGCGUAUCUCCCACCUCGGAUGUCACACCUGUCCUAGGCUUCACACCUCCAGGCGAGCCAUUGGGUGGCGUACAGACGCCUACUAAAGCAAAAAAAGCUCCAGCACCCUCAGAAGAAGAGCCAGUACCGGAACAAGUCACAUGGAAUCGAGCAUGGCAUAUAGCGACGGCAUAUCUUUCUAUACCCGACAAACGGUUCAACAUUAAUAAUGACGGCAACUGCGACGAUAAUAUAGGGGAUAGAGUGCUACUGAAAAGAUGGGCUCGGGAUCCACCGUCGACAAAAGUCAGGGAUGCCCUGUUUUAUGUGGGUGCGGAUGCAUCCCAAGCCAAACAGUCGAGGAGGGACGUGAAGGAAUGUGACCUUAAAUUAUGGUAUAUAAAUGAGACCCGUCGGCAUUUCUUAGCUAAUUUUAAAAAAUCCUUUAUUCAGUUUAUCUUACCAUUAUCUGACCCUACAGCAAGGGAUACUGGGUUUACGGCUCUGCGUGCGAGUAUACACGCGGUCACAACCUUCUCUCUUCCUGAUUCAUUUUCGGAUAUUCUUGCCACAGAACUUACUACUGCCUGCUCAUUGAUCCUAGGGACCAAAGGGCCUAAAGAUGGGUUUCAUAGCCCAAAGGUGGAGACUAGUGAUGAAAUGGAUGUUGAUUCGAAAUCUAGCAUAUGCUAUAGAACCUGGAAGAAACAGCCAUCUCGCGACAAGAGGGUUGAGUUGAUGACUGAAAGUGCGCUACCUGGCAGUGCCGAGGCAAGACAUGCAUUAGUACGCCUACUAGAGGGCCUUCAGGACGUUGGUCUAGGCGGCAGCAAAGCCCAGACUAUUUUUGCCAAUGUGAUGAAUAACAUGAUCACAGAGUUCGUUAUAUCCUCGUACUCUGGGAUGUGGGAUGCACCAUCUCUUGCUACUGAACAUCUACGAUUAUGGAUCGCAAACGUUUUUGGGCGGCUAGUUGUCCAGGUCCUUCGCUGUCUGAAACGGGACGAGCAUGGGACGCACCAAGCUGAGGAUCACCUUGAAGUGACGUUGGCGGAUAUAGAAAAAUGGCAAGAAAUUGCUAUAACUCGGCUGGCCGCACUGCGAAUAAGUGAGCUUUUCGAUAUAGUUGUUGAGUGGGAUACAAGUAGCGGCGCGAUUGAAGAUCUGAAGAGUUAUACUACAAACCCAAUGACACGGCUUUACCUUUCUAGUAUGUUCAACACCGCGAUAUUCCAACGACUUCUUCACCCAGGCGCUUCUACCGUCGAGAUAUUGCAGCUCUACAUUUCCAUCAUCCGAGCGCUUACUCAGCUAGACCCUAGAGGAGUGUUACUAGAUAGAGUUGCGAGACCUAUACGCAGAUAUCUACGUGAACGAGAUGAUACCGUGAAAGUGAUAGUGAACGGGCUGUUAGCUGACGUAAGCGAGACGAAAGAUCAAGACAACCCUGAUCCGGAUACACUUGUGGAGUUGGCCGUCGAACUUACCAGUGCCCGCCAAGCGUCUCUACGCAACAAUUCUGGUGAACUUGACUGGGACGAUAUGAACUGGGUGCCGGAUCCUAUUGAUGCAGCGGUUGACUAUAAGAGAUCCAAACACUCUGAUGUCAUAGGCAGUAUGAUAACUCUAUUUGACUCCAAAGAAGUCUUUGUAAAGGAACUCCAAGAGUCGCUGAGUGACCGUCUACUCAACAAGGGUGGCACUUUUGACCAGGAAGUUUCUGUGCUUGAGCUGUUGAAGAUUCGUUUUGGUGACUCGGCGCUACAAGCAUGUGAAGUGAUGCUACGCGAUGCACUUGAUUCCAAGCGGAUUGAUACCGUUAUACGCGCAGACAAAGGCCUAGAUGAAGGCAAUACUACGGAUCUUCAUGCCAAAAUUUUGUCCCGUCUAUACUGGCCCGAAUUGCAGGAGCAGGAGUUUAAUAUCCCAGCAGAAAUUAGAUCGCUGCAGGAGAAGUAUUCAGCAGGUUUUGAGUCUCUGAAACCAUCCCGAAAAUUGACCUGGCUGAAUAACCUUGGAACAGCUACCGUUGAACUAGAUCUCGAAGAUCGUGUAUUCAAGGACGAGGUGACAACCUGGCAAGCUGCUGUUAUCUACUCUUUCCAGUCGGUCGAACACUCCGCAGUCUCAAAAACGGUCAACAACCUCUCUCAAGAGUUAGAUAUGCCAGCAUCUCUUGUCCGUAGUGCCUGUCUAUUCUGGCUAAGCAAACGCAUUCUCAUCCAACCACAGCUUGAUAGCUUUACUGUCCUCGAAACACUACCAGACGAAGAAGACCCUGGCGUCGCCUCCCAACAGCAAGGAGAGGCCCAGCCAAGUUCCGAUGCCAAUGCUGCUGCUGCUGCUGCGGCAGCGGCAGCAAAAGAAGCUGCGGAGGCCGCCACAAUGGCGAAGAUGGAUCUAUACUGGCAGUUCAUUAAGGGAAUGCUUACAAACCAAGGAGCCAUGCCUCUACAACGUAUUAUUAUGAUGUUAAAAAUAGCUGUUCCAGGGGGAUUCCCAUUUAGCAGUGAAGAGCUUAAACAAUUCAUGGGCAAAAUGGUUUCUAACGGAGAACUUGAGAUGGUUAGCGGAGGGAAUUAUAAGAUUGUGUAA